AUAAUACACAAAUUUCAAUCGCGGCUGGCUUGACCGCGGUGAUCCACUGCAGAUGUGUCAUUGCAGAAUGCAUUUAGCGCGGACUGAAAUGCACUCGUUCUUGGAAUUUCUUGGAAUGUUGCUUUAACUUUCAACUACCUGUAAAACUGCGUCGAUGUUAUAGCUGAAGAACAGAACGUUUUUAUAAAUCACAAUCUGUAUUCAUUUCCAGCGGGGGAAAUUGUAAAAAAUGAGGCUUCUCUGUAAUUCGCUUGCAGGGAUCUUGUUUUUACUCGACCAGGUUGCAUCUGGUGUUGGAUCAGAUAAACUGUCGGUGUCAGUGAUGGAGGGAGAUUCAGUCAUUUUUCACACUGAUGUUAAAAGAAACCAACAAGAAGAUAUUAAAUGGUAUUUCAGCAGCACUCGCAUCGCUCAAAUCAACGGAGCUCUCGGUUUUAUCUGUACAGAUGUUCAGUGUAAUAAAGGUACUGAGAGAUUCAGAGACAGACUGAAGCUGGAUCAUCAGACUGGAUCUCUGACCAUCAUGAACAUCACAAACACAGACUCUGGAGAUUAUAAACUGAAGAUCAUGGGUAGCACCAGCAGCAGUGAAAGAACCUUCAAUGUCAUUGUCAAAAGUGUUCCUGCUGCUGAACAAGAUGAAGUGAAGACAAACAAGGGAGAACCUGUCACUUUAGAUUCUAGUGAAAUAAGAAAACCAAAUGAUGUGAUGACAUGGUUUUUUAAAGACACUCUCAUCGCUCGAAUUACUGGUGAUCCCAAUAAAACCUGUACAGAUGUUCAGUGUAAAGAUGAUGACGAGAGAUUCAGAGACAGAGUAAUGGUGAAUCAGACUGGAUCUCUGACCAUCACAAACACCAGAACCACAGACUCUGGACUUUAUACACUGCAGAUCAGCAGUUUCAGUAUCACCAGAGUGAAGAGAUUCAGUGUCACUGUCUUUGAUUCAGGGUUGUCUUCAGCUGCUGUAGCAGGAAUAGUUGUUGUUGUUCUGCUUGCAGCCGCAGCUGUGAUUGCUGGUUUGAUUUACUGUCGCUCCAAGAGAUAUAGAAGAGCACCACAGCAUGUGAAUGGUGUUAAUAAAGACGUUGCUUUGAGUGACACAGGACAUCCUUAAAUCAGUCUCAAGGUGAAACUGCCUAAAAAAAAAAAUAAUAAUAAUAAUGGAGAGAAGAGGAUCUUCAGAGUAAUUGUGUCAUAAGUCCAGGAUUUCAAUUUCAAUUUAAAAACUGAUUUGUUAGAUAUUUUUUAAUGAAUUAAGAACAUUUAGACUUACACAAUAUAUGAGCAAUAAUGUAAGAAACUAAGCAACAGGUAGGAAUAGAUGUGUUUUUCAGUAUAUGCAUUUUUCAAAGCUGCUGAUGUGUUCUAGACAGGAAUAAUGAGCAAUUAUUUCUUUCUUAUCUUUUGCACAAAGAUAUAAUAAUGCUUAUCCAUUAUGACAUUAUUUGUUUUGUCUUGCCUGUUCAAAUCCUCUUACAACUGAGACAAUGACUGCAUUUUCCACAACUGCCUCACAAAGA